AAUGAAUCAUGAUAACCCAAUCUCUUUUUUUAUCUUGGCCCUUGUCUGUUUCAUAUUUUGGUGCGGUCGACCAACUUUCGGCCUGCCGCAUGGGCUCUCUUUAGUAAUCCCCAGCUUUUGACGUCACCUCAUCCCACCCAGCUCACAGCCUCGUCUUGUAUCCAGACAUAGAACAACAAAUGCUCGGCGAACCGAUGAAUCUAUCACCGACGGUCAGUUCUUCCACUCGUCUGGACCUGUCUUUAUUUAGCAAAACCUGAUCUGCAUCGGAUCCCCGUAAGCUCCUUCUCUUAAAUCGUCGUCAUGGCGGCCAGCGUCGAUCCAGCCCUGCUUGAGGCCCUCGGACUGGACCCCGCCAACAGCGACAUCAAUUCUCACGGCGGCUCGGGCUUUUCCUCGACCUUUAAGCUGUCGUCGACGGUGGAUGGGAAGCCCGUGAAUUACUUCGUCAAGACCGGUUCGGGAAAAGAAGCUGAGGACAUGUUCCGUGGCGAACACGCCUCCCUCAACGCAAUCCACGACACCGUCCCCAACUUCUGUCCCCGUUCCUUCGCCCACGGUGCCCUCUCUAUCCCGAACAAGUUCUUCCUUGCGACCGACUUUCUCGAUCUGGGCUCCUCCGCCCCCGGCGGCUCGGGCCUCUCUUUCGCCGAGAAGCUCACCCGGCUGCACUCCACUCCGGCGCCGAUCCCCGACGGCCACGAUACGCCCGUCUUCGGGUUCCCGAUUUCGACCUGCUGCGGCUCCACAGACCAAGACAACUCCUUCAAGACCUCGUGGGCUGAGUUUUAUGCGGACAAUCGUUUGCGCUGGGUCCUUAAGAAGGCGGCUCUGAACAAUGGCUCUGAUGCAGAAUUGACAAAGGCCGUCGAGACGGUAGCGAACAAGGUGGUCCCACGGCUCAUUGGCGACGAUGUCGUCAAAGGCAUCGUCCCAGUUGUGAUCCAUGGCGACCUUUGGAGCGGCAACCACUCGCGAGGCCAGAUCGCCGGCCGUGGAGGAUGCGAGGAAGUCGUGUAUGAUCCGGCUGUCGUGUACGGCCACUCCGAGUACGAGCUGGGCAUCAUGAGGAUGUUUGGCGGGUUCAGUCCGCACUUCUGGGAAGAGUACAAUAAGCUGAUGCCCAAAGCCGAGCCCGUGGCCGAGUGGGAUGACCGUGUGAGGUUGUAUGAGCUAUACCACCACCUGAAUCACUUUGCCAUGUUUGGGGGAGGUUAUCGUGGAGGAGCGAUGUCCAUUAUGCGGAAGCUCAUCUCCAAAUACGGAUGUUGAAUAGCUGAGAGUAAAAGAAUAGAACAAUUGGUUUGAGAU